UUGGCGGGAGUCGGCGCGGGGUUCUUUAGCAACCCGUUUGGACGUUUGUUAAGACUCGGAUGCAAUUGCAAGGAGAGCUCGUGGCAAAGGGACAACAUGCCGUCCAUUAUAAGAACAUACCAACAUGCUAUGUACACAAUUGUUAAACAUGACGGGAUGUCUGCCCUUCAAAAGGGUUUUGGUACCGGCGUUGUGGUUCCAGUUAGUUGUCAAUGGCACGAGACUGGGUAUAUACCAACAGGGCAGAUAAAUUACGGCCUCCUUCGUGACGAUCAGAACAAUACACUGUUUCUAAAAACAGUCUGUUCUUUGGUUCUGUGGGUGGCUGGAUGUCUGGUGGCCUGGUGGGGAGUCCCCCUGCAAUUAGUGAAGACUCAGCUCAUGUCGUAUUCGUCAAGAAAAAUAGCAGUUGGGAAAACACAGCACGGCCAUCCAGGAACGUUGAAAGCCUUUAAAAGAUAUAUACAAGGGGAAGGAAACGGUUUUCUUUGGUUUAUGGAGAGGGGCUCACGGCAUGAUGAUCAGAAACUCAAUCGGGUCCGCGUCGCAAAUAGCGUCUUUUGCUGUGGUGGAAAGAGUGGGAUGGAUAACAACGGGGACGUUUUCCCAGCAGUCAAAAGUAUUUUGUCAUCGUUCGUCGCGAGUAAACAUCGGCGGGCCGUCCUCAAGACUAUAGUAAUUGACGCCGAUGGACGUCAUUAUGACGCGACUUUACAACCAAGCCACUGGACUGGCGUCCGGCCGUGGGCGUGUACUACGACCGGUUAUAGCGGACUGCGCGCGCAAAAUAAAAAAAAAAAUAACGCGUACGGAGGGGCCGCUCGCGUUCUACAAGGGCAUGGGGGGGGGCCCUUCAUACCUGCGGCAAGGCCCCACCACACCGUACUACUUCUAGUAUUCUGGGAUAUGCUUAAAGAUUUACAGAAGACAAUGAAUAUGUAUAUUUAA